AUGACGCAAGAUCCUUGGAUGACGGUUGACUACUACGAAAAAAAAGCGGAGGAAGAGCAAGAGGUAGAGGAGGCGCCUCCCGGGGAGACGCACGGGGCGGACGCCAAGCCGAAGAUUCUGCUCAUGGGCCCCAAGAGAUCCGGCAAAUCUUCGAUCCAGCGAGUGGUGUUCCAGAAGAUGUCUGCCCACGAGACCAUGUUCCUCGGCAACACUCAAAGCCUGGACAUUAAGUACGUGGCCAACAACGACUACGUACAGUUCCAGAUCUGGGAUUUUCCCGGAGACUACGACCCCGCCAACGACAAGUUGAUGUACAACGGUGAGAUGGUGGAGGCGACGUCCAUCUUCACGGGGGUGGCGGUCCUGGUCCUGAUUGUCGACGCGCAGGAGGACCCAAUCGACGAGCAAUUGGGCGGUCUGGUCAACGUCGUCAAGAACGCCUGCCUCGUCAACCCCAAGCUGGCUGUCGAAAUCUUCAUACACAAGAUUGACGGAGACCUUUACUUGACGGACGAGCCGAAGGAGGAGUGUCUGCGAAACGUCCAGAGCUACAUCAACGCGGCCUUGUCGUGGAGCAACACCGACAUCAGGCUGCGAUACCACCUCACCAGCAUCUACGAUCACAGCAUUUUCGACGGUCUGAGCAAGGUGGUGCAACUCCUCAUCCCGCAGCUGCCCACGCUGGAGAACAUGCUCAACGCCCUCAUCUCUGAGGGUAAAGAACCGUACGACGAUCAUUCCGCGAGCAUUUUCAGAUUGAGCAACGGGACGGUCCUCUACCUGCGCCAAGUGGGCAGCUACUUAGCACUGGUGUGCCUGAUGCAAGCAGACCACUUCAACGACAAGGAGGGUCUGAUCGAGUACAACGUUAACUGCUUCAAGGAGACCUUGGGAGAGGUCUUCCGACCCCUACCAAUGCCCAGGCCGCGAAGAAAGGUAAUUUCAGAUGUUGUUGCCCGAACGAUGUGUUUCCCUUGCGUGAGGCGAACAAGCCAUGGAUGCUUGUGUGUUUGGACAAUGUUCCAACUUGGCGUGCGUUCUGUCCAGGCGUUUUGUCUGGUACGUGGAUAUAGCGGUGUCGCUGCUGGGUCUGUGUCCGUGGUGGUUGUUGUUGUUACACUUAUCGUUGGGUUUCCGUUUUGA